AUGGCUCUCCAACCCUGCCGCGCGCACUUUCCCCGGGCGCGCUGCGCCUUGCGCGCCCUCAUGCCCUCCCUGCGCACCUACGCCACCGAAUCAACGUCCGAACCCUUCAAGGCCUCGUCACAGGAAUCCUCUGUGCCCCGAUGGAGCCAAACGCCUCCGGGUAUGAAAGCCCCCAUGCAGCUGGACUUUGCGAAAUCCUUCAAAAACAAGGUCUGGAAAGUCAACAACGACCCCGCGAAGCUAGACAACAUGUACAAUCGGCUACUGGGGCCGGGCGGCAGCAAGAUGCUGCCCGAGGAGCUGAAGUGGUUGGCGGUCACGCACAAGAGCUUUGACCAGGGGAGGAGAGGGUUCAACGACAAGCUGGCACUGCUGGGACGACUGACGCUCGUCAUGGAAGCGACCAAGGAAAUCGUCAGCAAGGCCCCGUUGCCGGGGUCACGGCAGACAGACGAAUUCGACAGGGUGCCUUUUGAACACGAACAGCUCGCAUCAGUGGAUAACCUGAGCGUCGAGGAGCCAAAGGACGUGGUUAGCAAGGAAAAGCUGUUCUCGCUGGCGUCGGAUGCGGGCAUAUUGGACGUUUUGCGGUGGAAACCCCGACUGCCCAAAAGCCUCGAGUCGUCAGGUGUCGAAGUCGUCGUCAACAGCGCGGUCCUAGCCAUCCUCGGCGCGAUUACGCUACAGCACGGAUCAGUAGUUGCGUCAAAAGUUGUGCGGGAGAGAAUCUUGGCGCGACUGUCAAAGAACCACUAA